GCUAUUUCGGAGAGCAGCGUGCCUCUUGAUUUGCAGACUUUCACUUAGGUGGAAUUGGUCGGUCGCGUCUCACGUUGAGCUUCGGCCAAAGGAGGAAACUCCGGAAACUCUGGUGCAUAAUGCAGUUGGGAAUGGGAGAUUUUUAGGAAUAUCGAAAGGUCCCCAGAGAAUGUUCAGAAUCUUUGCACUUGAGUUGGCUUUGGAACUCCAUGGACGUUGAUCAGUAUUGUUUACCUGAGCUUUUUGUUAUCCUUUUGCUAUCUUCUAGUAUCGGAAGUCUGCUUUUGCUACCUGCCGCAGUCUCGCUGGCCUGUGAGGUCAGCGGAUGUCGCUUCAAUUUUAUGGCUCAGCACAGCAGGGGUCGCCCAUCCCAUCAUGUUCCAAAUUCGAUCAAAGCAGAUUCAUUCAGUCUCAGAGCCAGGUCUAUGAGGAUUGCAAUUCUCUCACAGGGAAAUGAUCCAUCGAUUGACCACGCGUGAGCCUGACGCCAUCUUCGAG